AUGUACGAUUACCGCGCACCUGCAGUGGACUUGCCGGUCGACACGGGAUCUGUGCUGGCUGCCAAAGCUGCGGCGUUUGCGACCGCUUUCGAGUACAACACCGACGAACAGGCCACCACCCCCACAACUGCAUCCCGACUCCGCGGUCGGGGGACCAGCAUCUCCCAGCACUCCGACCGUCUCAAUCAAUCCCCCUUGAAGAUGGCCACCGGAUAUGCGGUCAGCCCCGAGCCCCCGGCGUUGUUCGUGCGGGCCAUGUACGAUUACGAUGCCGACGAUCAUACCAGUCUGAGUUUCCGACGAGGCGAUAUCAUUCAGGUUCUGAAUCAGCUAGAAACUGGGUGGUGGGAUGGUGUUAUCAACAAUGUCCGAGGUUGGUUCCCUAGUAAUUACUGUACCAUCAUCACGGAGGCGGACGAUUUCGGCGAGCACAUGCUACAUGCACAUGACGAUACCGACUUGAGCGCAGAAUCAGGAUUGGAGGAUGAGUACGAGAAUGGACAGGAUGAGGAUGACGAGCUGGACUCGGAAGGGAAUCCGCGCGAUUCUCAGCCCAUUCUGCCAAUCGAAGGCAUCCCCGGGAAACAUGAUCAGGAGGAGGCCGCAUUUUGGAUUCCACAGGCCACACCAGAUGGCCGUCUCUUUUAUUUCAACACAUUAACAGGAUAUUCGACCAUGGAAUUACCGUUCGAGAACCCUACCACCGCGAAUGAAAACGGCCCUCGAGAUCGGACUAACUUCUUCGUCCCCGACCAGACCCGGCCGCCUCCUGAGUUAAUGGCACGCGGUUUUGAAAGAGAUGAGGACGAGUACGACGGCUCUGCAUCGGAAGCCGAAGGAGAAUCGCUGAUGCUGACUUCGCAUGGCUCUAUCUCUCGUCGUCGUCAGUCUCUUUUGGAAGGAGUGUCGCCUGCCACCUCGAUGGACUCUUUGUACCCCCCUGGACCAAAAGACUUCAAAGUCCCACAGGCGAGCAGGAGUCCCCAGCCAUCAUACAGCAGCCAAGGAGGUACAAGUGCCAAUACCUCUGUUGUCGAAAUCAUCUCCAGACCCUCGAUUUCUUCAAAUACACCGUCUCGUUUCGUCGACGAUGGUUUUAUCCCCCCUGUUUCAUGGCCAAACUUGGUGGAUAACAUGCGGUAUGCCGUCGAAGCCUAUCGCCAGACCUUGCUUGCUGGUGAAAGAUCCGAGUAUGUGAGAAAGGCGGAGGAUAUUUCCGAUCAUCUGCGUAUGCUUCUGGCUGCUGGUUCUGACACCACCGAUAAUCAUUCUGGAAACCCAUCUAUCAUCUCCACAAACAAGGCCCUUUACCCAUACUUCCGAGACAUGAUGUCAAAAUUCUCGAAGUUGGUCCUUUCGUCCCAUAUUGCUGCCGCCGACUGGCCUGGCUCAGAUUCCGUCAACAAAUGCUUGCAAGAGGCCGAUGGCGUGAUGCAAGGUGUGUAUGGCUAUGUGGAUGUUGCUCGCCAGCAGCGCGGGGAACAAAUCCACAGAAUCGUUCCUGGCUUUGUUAGUGGCAGCUCCUGCGGUGGCAAUUGGCAGAACAAUGGCGUUUCUUUGAAUCCCUCCGGCCCAACCUCUUUCCUUGUUCCUGAGGGUAGCGAAUCUCGAAUCGAGCCCUCAGUGUCCCUAGACUCGGGCUUGUUGGAUCAUAUUGAUAUUUUGAGGAGGUCUUUUGUGGGUUGUAUUCGUCGACUGGAAGAACGACUGAUGCUGAACCAAAAAAUCGUAACUGCACGAGAGCACGAAGAAAUUGCGGAUGCUAUCUCGGCGGCUGCUAUCAAAGUUGUCGAGCAGUUUCGUCCAUGGAUUUCGACUGUCGAGUCAAUCAACCUCUUUUCCCUUGGAACGAGUUUCCAGAACCCUCAACUGGUGGACUUUAGCUUACAGAAGCAAAGAGUGUACGAUGCAAUUGGUGAUUUCAUUUUGAGCUGCCAAGCCGUUUCUGCGCCCCUACCGGAUGAGUGGGCAGAGCUUCGUGGUGAUUCCCUUGACGACCGAAUCACAGCUGUUCGAAGUGUGGCAAAGCAACUCGAAAACUAUGUUUCGCAGAUCGGCUUUUCCCUGUCUUUACUUCUCGAACAAAUCCCUGACGAUCAAUCCUCUAUUACUCGCGUUGAUACCCGUCUAGAAGAGGAAGAUGAGUCGUCGAGCAAGAGUACUCACAGUCGUGCGGAUUCACAAACGACCAAGGUGUCCUCAGAGUCUAUUGGCAUCCCAUCAUCCUACGCCCUUGGCAAAGAGCCGGGCAAGGUUCGCCGUAAUAUGGACAAAGCUCAAAGAUUCUUUGGACAAGCACCGCCGACAACAGUCACACGAGAGCCUGUCCAGCGUGAGCCCAUGAGGGAACCCGAAGAGACCCCAUGGUUCCUUAAGAUGGACCAUGAGGGCGAAGUGUUCUAUGAUACCAAGGGAGACGUACCUAUUCUCAAAUGUGGUACGCUUGCUGGUUUGGUUGAACAUCUUACACGCCACGACAAGCUCGAUGCAUCCUUUAACAAUACUUUCCUCCUCACCUACCGUUCUUUCACUACUGCCUCCGAACUCUUCGAGCUGAUUGUACAGCGCUUCAAUACGCAGCCUCCUUUUGGUCUCAACUCAGAUGACAUGCAAAUGUGGAUCGAUCGUAAACAGAAACCAAUCAGAUUCCGAGUGGUCAAUAUCCUCAAGAGCUGGUUUGAUCACUUCUGGAUGGAGUCAAACGAUGAAGUAAACAUGGAUCUUUUGAGACGUGUUCAUGCAUUUACUAAAGACUCGAUUGCUACGACAAAAACACCGGGUUGCCCUACACUCCUUGCAGUUAUUGAACAACGCCUUCGAGGUCAAGACACCACCGUGAAGCGCCUUGUUCCCACUCAAAACACUGCUGCUCCGCCACCAAUUAUCCCGAAGAACAUGAAGAAAUUGAAGUUCCUGGACAUCGACCCGACGGAAUUUGCCCGGCAAUUGACUAUUAUCGAAUCUCGUCUCUACUCCAAGAUUCGUGCGACUGAGUGCUUAAAUAAAACUUGGCAGAAGAAGGUUGGCCCCGAUGAGCCCGAGCCAGCUUCCAAUGUCAAAGCUUUAAUUCUCCACUCCAAUCAACUGACGAACUGGGUUGCUGAAAUGAUCUUGACUCAAGGUGAUGUCAAGAAGCGUGUGGUUGUCAUUAAGCACUUUGUCAAUGUCGCGGACAAAUGCCGUUCUCUCAACAACUACUCUACCCUGACUUCAAUCAUCUCUGCCCUUGGAACUGCCCCCAUUCAUCGACUGGGUCGGACAUGGGGUCAAGUCAGUGGCCGCACUUCUUCAAUUUUAGAACAGAUGCGCCGCCUGAUGGCCAGUACUAAGAACUUUGGCGAGUAUCGUGAGACCUUGCAUCUUGCUAAUCCGCCUUGCAUUCCCUUCUUCGGUAUGAUACAUGACCCAAGACACUUCUGGUUCAUUCUGUGUCUUUCCCCUUUCCUUUCCCUGCUUCGAUUUAUAGCUUACAAUGGUUUAGGUGUCUACCUCACGGACUUGACCUUCAUCGAGGAUGGAAUCCCCUCGCUUACGCCAUCAGAAUUGAUCAACUUUAACAAACGGGCAAAGACUGCGGAAGUCAUUCGGGACAUCCAGCAAUAUCAGAAUGUCCCUUACUUACUGCAGCCAGUACCUGAGCUCCAGGAUUAUAUUCUUAGUAAUCUGCAAGCUGCCGGUGAUGUUCACGACAUGUAUGACCGAAGUCUUGAAAUCGAACCUCGUGAACGUGAAGACGAGAAAAUCGCAAGGUAUGCCGAUUCAUCAAACAAUAAACCUAGCACCAUGCUUUUUGGAAGCAAUACCUCCCUACUACGGUGA